AUGGCAAAACAAGACUCUACCAAGAAUAAGGCGGGAAAGCCUUCUAAACUGAACAAGGAUAGCAAGCCAGCUGUAAAGCCAGUUACUGAAGACGCUAGAUUCAAAUCUGUGCACAAUGACCCUCGUUUCAAGUUUCCAAAUUUUAAAAACUUAAAGGUUAAAGUAGACGACCGAUUCAACAAGAAGGAAUUGAAAAAACUUAAUGCAGGUGCUUUGGGUAAGAGUGUUAAGAUUGACAAAUAUGGAAGAAAGUUAAAGACUAAGGAUAAUAAUUUGAGCAAAUUUUACGAAUACGAAAGCGAUGAGGAUGGAGAUGAAAUCCCAAAGGAAGGAAUAGAAGAAGGAGAAAAAGAGGCAGAUGAGAGUGAAUCAGAUAGUGAAUCAGAAAGUGGUAGUUCUGAUGAAUCAGAUGAUGAGUCAAAAGACCAACCUCUUUUGAAGGGAAAGGAAAAGAACGAUGUUGAUGCUCUUGCAGAACAAAUCAGGAAAGAAGAAUCGGCAUUAGACAGAGCAAGAGGUGAAGGAUUAGGUACUUCUUCAUCUUCAGAAGAAGAUGACUCAUCUGACUUGUCAUCAUCAUCGUCAUCGGAUGACGAAGAUGUCGCUUUCGAAGAGAGUGAGUCUGAGAUUGAAUUGGAGGAGACAAAACCAGAGGAGUCAGAUCCCACAAGCUCAUUUGCAGUUGUCAAUAUGGAUUGGGACAAUUUGCGUGCCGAGGAUUUAAUGGCUACUUUUGCAUCAUUUGCACCAAAAGGUGGUAAAAUUGAGUCGGUUACAAUCUACCCAUCUGAAUUUGGUAAAGAGCGGAUGCAAAGAGAAGAAAUAGAAGGGCCUCCAAAGGAAUUGUUUAAAAACAAGAAAAAGAAAUCCAAGUCCGGAAAAAGAUCUAAAAAUGGUUCUGAUUCUAAUUCUGAUUCUGACUCUUCAGAUGAGAGUGAUUCUGAUUUGGAUUCUGAUGUCGAUAUAAAUGAUCCCAAGCAAUUGGAGAAAGUGACAAGAAAAUUAUAUGAGCAGGAUGAUGGAAAGGAAGAUUACGACAGUAAAGCUUUGCGUCGAUACCAGUUGCAAAGAUUAAGGUAUUAUUAUGCAGUUGUUGUUUGUGAUUCAGUGUCCACAUCACAAGCAGUUUACGAGAAAGUCGAUGGCACCGAGUACGAGUCAACGGCAAAUAUUUUCGAUUUGAGAUAUAUUCCUGAAGGCAUGGAAUUUGAUGAUGAUGAAGCAAAGGACAGAUGUACUAAAGUACCGUCAAAGUAUCGCCCCGACUCACGAUUUGUUACUGAUGCGUUACAACACUCCAAAGUGAAGCUCACAUGGGACGAAACGCCAAAAGAGCGUUUGCAGUUGUCGUCAAGACCAUUAUCGCAAAAGGAAAUCGAGGAAAACGAUUUCAAAGCGUAUUUGGCCAGCGAUUCCGAUGAUGAUGGAGCUAGCGAUAGAGAAGCUACCAAGGCUGGAGAUUUGAGAAGUAAAUACCAAAGUUUAUUGGGAAAUACGUUUCAAAGAUUUGGAAAAGAACAUAAAGGUGGCGAUGGUAGUGAUGAUGAAGAUGAUAUUGAUAUGGAAAUCACUUUUGAUCCAGGCUUAAAGGAUGCCAAGGACGAGCAAAAUGAAGAGGAGAAAGAAGAAACCACGAUAGAUGCAUACAAGAGAAAAGAAAAAGAGAGAAGGCAAAGGAGAUUGAACAAGUUCAAGGAGCAAAAAGAACAGACGGAACAAAAAAAACAGGAAGUUGUAUCCGAACGUGACCAAGGAAAUGGCCGUUUGAGGAACAAAAAUAAGAACGCCCUGAAGAUCCAUGGAAGUGACAAUCAAUCGGAAGAGAGCUUUAGAGAUGAUUUGAAGAAGGAUAAAACAAGAAAGGGUAAAAAGUCAAAACUGAAAAAGGGAGCAGCAGCAGCAGCAGCAGCAGCAGCAGAAGAUGAUGAUGCAGAGCGCGAUAAUUUCAAAGCUGAUCUUAGUGAUCCAAGAUUUAAAGAGAUUUUUGAGAGUCAUGAUUUUGCCAUUGAUCCAUCUAAUAGUGAAUUUAAACAAACAGAAACCACAAAAAAGAUAUUGCAAGAAAGAGCAAAUAGAAGGAAACAGAACUCAGCUCCACAAAAGUCGGGAUCUCUCAAGCAUCAAGGGUCGAAUAAACGAAAGGCUGCUGAUGAUGGUGGUAAUGAGGGAGCAGAUAUAAAAGCUCUAGCUGCAAAACUCAAGAAAAAGAAAAGUAAACAAUAG